AUUAAAACUAAUACUACCCGUUGAGUUGAUCAACUCCCAACACACGUUAAUGAUAACCACAAAGGUAGAUGAUGCAAGGAAAUUCAGCAUCUAGCUGCAAGUAACACCGAAACUUCAUAAAUAUAAGACUACAUAUACCUCUCCCCGGUUCUGAAAUUUGAAAUAAUAAUCUUCACCAUCUUACCUACAAAAUAAAAAUAUCUUUACCAUCAUUUCAUUUCAAUAUUUUACUAAUGGGACACAACAUAGAACUAGAUGCUAUUUCAUCACCACAGCUUCAACAAAAGAAUCUUUGUUGCAGCAAGUUUUUUUGUUGGUUUCACCUUUGUGUAUCUGGAUUUUUGCAUAAGAAGAAUUUUGGUUCUGAUUCUCAUGCUGUUGCUCAUGACAAGCCAAAAACAUUUUAUGAGUUCAAAGAAAUUCUUUUUUUUGAUAAGAAAAUAAGUGGAUAUGGAGUAUCCAUUUUUAAGGGUCCUUUUGGUGUUCCUGAAAAUCCUGAAUUUACUGUUGGUUUGGAUUCGCAAUUGAUUAAGCCGAAGAUGGAACUUCUCAGGGAUGGUAGAUCUACUCUUUUGUUGACUGGUUUAGGUGGAAUGGGAAAAACCACUUUGGCUACAAAGCUGUGUUUGGAUCAACAAGUUAAGGGCAAAUUCAAGGAAAACAUUAUAUUUGUAACCUUCUCAAAAACACCCAUGUUGAAGAUUAUGGUACAGAGACUAUUUGAACAUGGUGGAUAUCCGGUGCCUGAGUAUCAAAGUGACGAAGAAGCAGUUAAUGGAAUGGGAAAUUUACUGAGGAAAAUUGAGGGAAGUCCAAUAUUGUUAGUCCUGGAUGAUGUUUGGCCCGGCUCAGAAGACCUAGUCGAGAAAUUUAAAUUCCAGAUAUCAGAUUAUAAAAUUUUGGUCACUUCAAGGGUUGCAUUUUCUAGAUUUGACAAAACCUUUAUCGUAAAUCCUCUUGUUCACGAAGAUUCGGUGACCCUUUUCCGUCACUACACACAGUUGGGAAAAAACAAUUCAAAAAUUCCCGACAAAGAUCUUAUCCAAAAGAUUGUGGAAAAUUGCAAAGGUUUACCUCUUGCCAUUAAAGUGAUUGCAACAUCACUCACUAAUCGUUCAUAUGACUUGUGGGAAAAGAUUGUGAAGGAACUUUCUCAAGGUCGUUCUAUACUUGAUUCUAGUACUGAAUUACUUACUCGCCUCCGAAAGGUCUUGGAUGUUUUGGAAGAUAAUGCUAUUAACAAGGAGUGCUUCAUGGACCUUGCAUUAUUCCCUGAAGACCUGAGAAUUCCCGUUUCUGCUCUCAUUGAUAUGUGGGCGGAGUUGUAUAAACUAGAUGAUGAAGGCAUAGAAGCAAUGGCCAUCAUCAACAAAUUAGACUCUAUGAAUCUGGCUAAGGUCUCAAUAGCAAGGAAAAAUGCAAGUGACACAGAAAGUUACUACUACAAUAGCCACUUCAUAUUCCUUCAUGAUCUUCUAAGAGAGCUAGGAAAUUAUCAAAACAACCAGGAACCAAUUGAACAAAGAAAAAGACUUCUUAUUGAUGCAAAUGAAAACACACAUGACCGGUGGCUUAUGGAGAAGCAGCAGGGCACAAUGACCCGCAUAUUGUCCAAUUUUUUUAAAUUGUGUGUUAAACCGAAGCCUCAACAGGUCCCUGCUCGCACAGUGUCUAUAUCAACUGAUGAAACUUGUGCUUCUUCAGAUUGGUCCCAAGUGCAGCCAGCUCAUGUUGAGGUUCUGAUUUUAAUUCUUCAAACCGAACAGUACACACUUCCAGAAUUGAAGGAGAAAAUGAGCAAACUAAGAGCUCUUAUAGUCAUAAAUCAUGGUUUACGCCCUUCUGUACUGAACAAUUUUGAGCUAAUUAGCUCUUUAUCCAACCUGAAAAGAAUCAGGCUAGAGCGGAUUUCUGUUCCUUCCUUUGGCACAAUGAAGAAUCUCAAAAAAUUAUCCCUCUACAUGUGUAAUACAAGACUAGCUUUUGAAAAGGGUAGCAUCCUAAUUUCAGAUUUGUUUCCUAAUUUAGAAGAUUUGAGCAUUGAUUAUUCCAAGGAUAUGGUGGCAUUGCCUAAUGGGGUGUGUGACAUUGCCUCAUUAAAAAAGCUCAGUAUUACUAAUUGCCAUAAGCUUUCUUCGCUGCCCCAAGAUAUUGGAAAGUUGAUGAAUUUGGAACUCUUGAGCCUGAUCUCAUGCACUGAUUUGGUAGAGUUGCCAGAUUCUAUUGGAAGGCUUUUAAAUCUAAGACUACUUGACAUCUCCAACUGCAUAAGCCUUUCAAGUUUACCUGAGGACUUCGGCAAUCUGUGUAAUCUAAGAAAUCUAUACAUGUCUAGUUGUACAAGUUGUGAAUUGCCAUUUUCAGUUGUCAAUCUUGCGAAUUUAAAGGUGAUAUGUGAUGAAGAGACGGCUGCUUCAUGGGAAUCUUUCCAAUCUAUGAUUUCCAAUCUCACUAUAGAGGUUCCUCAAGUUGAAGUCAACUUAAAUUGGCUUCAUGCAGGUCGCUCCUAAAAUUUGCAUGCGCUCUUCCUCUGCCUUUGCUAAUCUUUGUGGCAGUGUUCUUCAAAUGAAUGAAUACUUAUCAUGGGUAAUAGAGGUGGUUGUUGGUACCUCAGAAAUGGCUCCCAACGGAGGGGCUGAGUGGAUGCUAGCUCUUAGGUACAGCUCACAUCAACCAUCCGAACUGCUUCAUCAGGUGGUGACCUCUGGCCUUUCAACACUUGGGGGCUAGACAUUCUUUGGCCUUUCCACCUGCACCAGGUUUGUUAAUUCAUCAACCAUUCUUUGGUGAAUCAUCCACAAGCAAAUAAACAGGUUGGAUCAACUAACAAAAUCAUUUUCAAUGAAUGAAGAAAAUGAUUGGAUCAAGCAAAAGCAGAAUAGACAGAGGAGCUAAUAAGAGUAUUGUAGACAAAUCACAUUACACCCCAGUCAUCAACACAUAAAACACCUUUCAAACUUGUCUACAUAUUUCAUGCAAUGGUAUCAGUAUAACUCACAUCAGCUUCAAUCUGUGCGAAUUUAAUAAAUGAGUCCGCAUCGAGAUCAAACAGGAGAAUAGAUCUUGACUUACUCUACGAAGUCAGGGAACUAGUGUACAUAACUAAGUAUGUUUCAAAACUUAGGACUGCAAAUAGGUAUAACAGCAAAGUUAAAUCUAGAAAUUUCAAGGAAGGAGAUUAGUCUUACGGAAGACCGAGAAGGUAACGAAUAAAAAACACGGAAAGCUAGCGGCUAGUUGGAAAGGACCAUAUGGAUCAGCUCCGCUCUGUGCAAAAGAGCAUACAAGCUAGAAGGCCGAGCUAGAAACAUUUAUCUGAGAUUGUGGAAUGCCACACACCUCAAACUCUAUUUAUUUAGAUUUCUUGUAAUAUGAUGUACUCUUUUUCCUGCUUGGACCUUUUUUCUCGAAAAAGUUUUUGGUUCUUGGAGGUUUUAACUAGCACAUCUUUUUUUUUCCAUUUCAUUAUCAAUAAAGUCUUUGUUCAUUAUA